AUGACGACGUCCCCGGCGCACCUGCGAUCCCUCUACCGCGCCAUCCUGCGCGAGCUGCCUCCGCGACCGAUCCUCGCGGCGCCGCGCGACCCCCUGCGCGCCGAGCUGCGCGCCAGCUUCUCCGGCCACGAGGGCGCCGUCGCCGCCGGCGCCUCGCCCGUGGUGGCCGCCGAGCUGGUCACCUACCUGAGAUCGCAGCGCACGUACGCGACGCUUCUGGAGCGCUACAACCCUGGCAUGGACAUGGACGAGACGGAGCGCGUGCGCCUGACGGCCCGGAGGGUCGGCAUGGAUCUGCCUGAUGUGAUCAAGGGGCGGCUGUGA